AUGGCGGCGCCCCGGCCCUGCCACGCAGACUUCCGCCCGGCGCCGAGACUCGGAACCCGCUGCGCGUCGCGUCGGAGGUGAAAUCGGGACGCGCGUGGUGUGGCACUACACCCUAGGCAUCAUGUCGGAAGGAAACGCCGCGGGCGAGCCCAGCGCUCCGGGAGGGCCCCGACCCCUCCUUUCUGGGGCGCGGGGGCUUAUUGGGCGAAGGCCGGCACCUCCCCUCACCCCGGGCCGCCUUCCCUCCAUCCGCUCCAGGGACCUUACUCUCGGGGGAGUCAAGAAGAAAACCUUCACCCCAAAUAUCAUCAGUCGGAAGAUCAAGGAAGAGCCCAAGGAAGAAGUAACCAUCAAGAAAGAGAAGCGUGAAAGGGACAGAGAUCGACAGCGAGAGGGCCAUGGACGGGGCCGGGGGCGCCCAGAAGUGAUCCAGUCCCACUCCAUCUUCGAGCAGGGCCCCGCCGAAAUGAUGAAGAAAAAGGGAAACUGGGAUAAGACCGUGGAUAUGUCAGAUGUGGGGCCCUCUCACAUCAUCAACAUCAAAAAGGAGAAGAGGGAGACAGAUGAAGAAACAAAACAGAUCCUGCGCAUGCUGGAGAAGGAUGAUUUCAUCGAUGACCCUGGGCUUAGGAAUGAUAUUCGAAAUAUGCCUGUGCAACUGCCGCUGGCUCACUCGGGCUGGCUUUUUAAGGAAGAGAAUGAGGAAGCAGAUAUGAAAGCACGGCUGGCUGGCCCCAAGGAAGAGGAUAUAGAGGUGGACAUGCCUGCUGUGAAAGUAAAAGAGGAGCCCCGAGAUGAGGAUGAGGAGGCCAAGAUGAAGGCUCCUCUCAGUGCAGCCAGGAAGAUCCCGGGCCUCCCGAAGGACGUGUCUGUGGCGGAGCUGCUCAGGGAGCUGAGCCUCACGCAGGAGGAAGAGCUGCUGUUCCUGCAGCUGCCAGACUCACUCCCCGGCCAGCCACCCACUCAGGACAUCAAGCCUGUCAAGAUGGAGGUGCAGAGCGAGGAUGGGCAGAUGGUGGUUAUAAAGCAAGAGAAAGACCGGGAAGCCAGGCUGGCAGAGAACACUUGUACCCUGGCUGACCUGACGGAGGGACAGGUCGGCAAGCUGCUCAUCCGCAAGUCGGGGAAGGUGCAGCUCCUCCUCGGCAAGGUGACUCUGGACGUGACGAUGGGGACCACUUGCUCUUUCCUGCAGGAGCUGGUGUCCGUGGGCCUUGGAGACAGCAGGACAGGCGACAUGACAGUCCUGGGACACAUAAAGCACAAACUCGUCUGUUCUCCAACUUCGAAUCCCUGCUGGAUCAUAAACACCGGUAAAGCGAGCAGAUGGAGGACGGUGGUGACUGUGCCCACGACUGGCCUGCUCCAGACGUUUUGUUCUCAAAUCUGUUCGACCCAGAAGGGGCCUGUUUAGCCCACCCACUCCAGCCAUUGUCCCAGUUUUCCCCACAGGGCCCACACGUGGCUCCCUUCCACGGCGGCUGUGAACAGCACGAUGACCUUCCCACAGUGAGGAAACCGCACACCCUCACUGCUAGGGGGUUGGUCCCUGCUAUUUAUUUUUAUAUUUAUGUCUUAGCUGUGCAGUGGACUGCACCCUCCCCAGGCGGAGAAGGAUCGGUCUGGGCAAGGACAGGCUCCUUCUUUGGGGACGUCUUGGUUCUCAGGGCAGGAGACGCUAUUGUUCCCUCCUUCCUCCCAAGAGGCAGCGCGUGAGAGAGAACAGAGAUGUCUGGAGUCUGAGAUUCAACCUCAGUUCUAUCCAUUACUAAUUGUGUGACUGAACAAACUACCUAACCUUUCUGAGCCUGAGUCCUCAUCUGACAAAUCGAGGACGAUACCUACCUCACAGGGUUGGCGUGAGGAUGCUGUGGAAUACUGUCGAUGAAAUGUCCUUGCACAAGGCUGGACAUACACUGUAGGAGCUCAAUAAAUGUUAGUUUAGUUUUCCUUCGCCUGAGUGUUUUCAAACAAUAGAGAGAUUCCAAGGAUCUCUCAGAAAAGGUGAAUGGAACUGCUUCUCCCCACAUUCUUACUCCAUGUCCCAUCCCUGUGGACUGAUGCUCUGAAGGUUUGGGUUUGGGCCUCUCUGUGCCCUUUUUUCUCCUUAGCAUCUUAGGCAAGCACUUCCUGUUCAUUGCUGUGAGCCCCUAGCCAUAGGUGCCAUCAGAAGAGAGGAAAGCAAAGACUUGACUCCUCCCAGCCCUACACGUGCCUUUGGGUGUCACAGUGGUCCCAGGACUUAUUCCUCCCACCCUCACCUCUUCCAGCUCCACUUAAAUUAUUUCUCAGAAGAAACCUGUGACUGCUCGUAGAUAAUUAUCACCCCACCAACUCAAAUACUGCUGAAAAACAACCCUGGGUGAAAAAGAAAGUAGAAAUGAUUGAAUAAUGACCUCAUCAACACUGGACAGAUGAUCUCUCACUUCAAAAGUGUUAAGUUUGAGAAGCCUGCCUCUGUCUCCUGUCCUGGCAUUGGCUUGGAUCCUGCUCUACCUGGCUGCACGGGCCUUGUAGUUCAUUGUGUCGUCUUGUUCCUUUCAGCAGCUCAGUACUCUCUUGACCCAUCCAGUGUGUGGUCCCUGAGGAGCAGCGUCUCUUUCCUUAUUCCUUGUCUGCAGAGCAGGGUCAUGGAGACACCUUGGAGGUUAGCGAAAGCCGCCUGCUGCAGUGUCUGUGGUCGUUAGACACAGCAUUGCAGCUCCCUUUGCUUCGAGCUUAGCAAACUGCCUCUGGAACAGUUGGGAACCACACAGGCUCCAUGAGAAAUGCUCCCUGCUGAUUUAGCUGGCCCUAGAGGUUUGGGAAGGAUGCUCCUUUCUUCAGUCUCCUUUCUGUUCCUUGUGUUAGUUCCUCUGUUGUGUCUGACUGCGACAUCAUGGACUAAAGCCCAGACUCCUCUGUCCAUGGAAUUCUCCAGGCAGACAUACUGGAGUGGGUUGCCAUUCUCUUCUCCAAGGGAUCUUCUCAAGCCAGGGAUCGAACCAAGGUCUGUCAGCACUGCAGGCAGAUUCGUUUUCUGUCUGAGCCUCCAGGGAAGCCCUUCUGUUCCUUGAGCCUGUUUUUAAAUUCAUCACCACUGGGCUUUUCACUAAACCCUUCAAGCUGCCUCACCAGCAGCUAGGAGGCAGGAUUGACUAUGUAGUCCCCACAUUGCCCCUUCUUAGGUAAGAGCUCAUUGAGCUCUGCUAGGUGGUGCUGUUCUGGUUUCUCAUCACUGUAGAGGGCAGCUGAGCAGAAGGUCUGGAAGACAUGUGCCAUGGAAGUCCUAUUUGGUCUAAGGUGGUUUUGAUGAACCAACUGCUUUUUUGUUCUCUGAGCUUUAAUGUUUGCUCCUUUUCUACAGCUAAUGCCUUGCCAGUAAGUCUCCAUUGUAAUCCUUUCUCUUGGUUUCGCAGGGGGCAGGCUGUGGCGUGUGGAAAUCUUAGGUCUGUGACCAGGGAUCCAACCUAUGCCCCCUUCAGUGGAAGCAUGGAGUAUUAACUGCAGGACCACCAGGGAGGUGGUCCCUCUCUGGGUUUGUUUGAUUCAAAAACUUAUGCUUUUUUGGGCUAACUCAAAGUCCCUGCCUCAGUAGACAUUUGACGUUUCAUAGUCUUUAAUUCUCUGAUUCUUCCACAAAAACUUGAGGAAGAGUAUGUAUCACUUUAUAGCUCACUGUUGUGCCAUUUCAAGUGCAUUGGGGAUUGAACAUUACUACCCUGAAUCAGAGUCCCCACAGCCUGUCUUAUAUUCCUGAUGUACAGGUUGGACAGAAGUGUGAGGAGAAGACAGGACACAUCUGCUUUCUUGGACAAGCCUCCAAAGCAUACAUUUGUACUGACAAAUAAAUACAAGUAACAGUAAAAAGCCCAAAGCCAGGUUCAUGUAUGAGUGAAAAUGGAUGAAAAUUUAUUACAACCUGCAUCUAUGUGUAUGUAUUUUGUUAAGACAUGGGAAGUAAACUGUAGGCUUGUUCAUUUCUUAACUAUGUAAGUGACAGAAUGUGGGCUUUAGAGUCCGGAUUGAGUUUAAUAAAGUUGUUUUUAAAUUACAA